CCCGGGAGCGGCCUCAGCGGCGGCGGCGGCGGCGACGGCGGCGGGAGGGCCCGGGGGCCACUCCGGGCCGGGCCGUGCCAGGCCGCCCAUGGAGUCUCUCGUAGACUGAUGCCGAGGAGCCGAUCCGGUGCCGCUGACUCCAUCUGGCCUCGGCUAUGGACAUCGUCCUGUCGGAUUUUGUCCGCUCAACAGGGGCAGAGCCGGGGCUGGCCAGAGACCUCCUUGAAGGCAAGAACUGGGACCUGAGUGCGGCGCUGAGCGACUUCGAGCAGCUCCGGCAGGUGCACGCUGGGAACCUCCCGCACUCCUUCAACGAGGGCCGCGGGGCCCGGCCCCCGGAGCGGGAGGUGGCGCGGCCGGGGAGGCCCCCGCUGCAGCGCCAGGAUGACAUCGUGCAAGAGAAGCGCCUGUCCCGAGGCAUCUCGCAUGCCAGCUCCACCAUCGUGUCCCUGGCCCGUUCCCACGUCUCCAGCAACGGCAGCAGCAGCGAACACCUGCUGGAGAUGCCCAUCUGCACCUUCCAGCUGCCUGACCUCACCGUGUACUCCGAGGAUUUCCGCAGCUUCAUCGAACGGGAUCUUAUUGAGCAGUCCAUGCUGGUAGCACUGGAGCAGGCUGGGCGUCUCAACUGGUGGGUGACGGUGGAUCCGAGCUGCCAGCGGCUGCUGCCCCUGGCCACCACUGGCGAUGGGAAUUGCUUGCUCCAUGCUGCCUCCCUGGGUAUGUGGGGCUUCCAUGACCGGGAUCUCAUGCUCCGGAAGUCCCUCUACACCCUGAUGGACAAGGGAGUGGAGCGGGAAGCGCUGAGGCGGAGAUGGCGCUGGCAGCAGACGCAGCAGAACAAGGAGUCUGGCCUGGUUUACACGGAGGAGGAGUGGCAGAAGGAGUGGAAUGAGCUGAUCAAAUUGGCGUCCAGUGAGCCCCGCGUGCACUACGGCACCAACGGCGGCGGCUGCAGCGGGGUGGAGAGCUCAGAGGAGCCUGUGUACGAGAGCCUGGAGGAGUUCCACGUCUUUGUCCUGGCCCAUGUGCUAAAGAGACCCAUCGUGGUGGUGGCAGACACGAUGCUGCGGGACUCGGGCGGCGAAGCAUUUGCCCCAAUUCCCUUUGGGGGGAUCUAUCUGCCCCUGGAAGUCCCAGCCAACAAAUGCCACCGGUCUCCAUUGGUUCUGGCUUAUGACCAAGCCCAUUUUUCUGCCCUGGUCUCCAUGGAGCAGAAGGAAAACACAAAGGAUCAAGCUGUGAUCCCCCUGACAGACUCUGAGCACAAGCUGCUCCCCGUGCACUUCGCCGUGGAUCCCGGGAAGGAGUGGCAGUGGGGGAAGGACGACAGUGACAAUGUCAAGCUGGCCAGCGUGACGCUGUCGCUGGAAGCCAAACUGCACCUGCUGCACAGCUACAUGAAUGUCCGAUGGAUCACGUUGCCUUGUGACAUGCAGGCGCCUCUGGCUCAGCCAGAAUCCCCCACGGCGUCCGCAGGUGAUGACCCUCGCUCGGCAGCAGAGUCAGGCGAGUCGGACAAGGAGUCGGUGUGCAGCAGCUCUGCCAGCAAUGGGGGCACCAGGGCGGGCAAGGACAGGGAGAAACCAAAGAAAGAGCGGGAGAAGGAGAAGGAUAAAAAACGGGCAGACUCGGUAGCCAACAAGCUGGGAAGCUUCGGGAAGACUCUGGGCAGCAAACUAAAAAAGAACAUGGGGGGCCUGAUGCACAGCAAAGCUGUGAAGGGCAGCAUGAGCAAUGGGCAGGGAGACACCCUGGAGAAGAAGAAGAAAGGAUCUCUGAAGACACGGAAAGACAGCAAAGAGGAAUGUUCCCCAGGAGAUUUAGCUCCUGCAGAGAAAACGUGUCCAGGUAAAGCAGCCCUGGAGAAGCCGUCAGAUCCCUACAAGUACAGCAGCGACGUGCGGCUGAGCCUGAGCAUCCUGCGCGCGGCCAUGCAGGGCGAGCGCAAGUUCAUCUUCGCCAGCCACCUCAAGACCAGCAGCCGGCACCAGUUCCAGGAGGAGAUGAUCCAGAGGUACCUCCUGGAUGCUGAGGAACGAUUCCUGGCAGAGCAGCGGCAGAAGGAGGCGGAGAAGAAGGCUCUGGGCAGCGCUGCCCCGGCCAAGAGGCCAGAAGGGGAGGUGGGUGCCCAGCGGAGCGAGGAGGUGAUGCCAAGCCCCGUGUUCUCCCAGCCACCCCCCACCUACCCUCCCCAGCCCCUGGAGCCAGCCGUGGCUGCUAAAAUAGCCGCUUUUCCCGCCGGCUAUUCCGGCGUUUUCACCUUCCCCAGGCCCUCCAUGGGCAGUGCUGAGGGGCUGCACCCACCCAGCUGCCCUGAGGGCCGGCGGCAGCUGGCGGGGGGGCCCUGUGGGAGCCUCCCCCCCUAUGCCACCCUGCCCCGGCACCACCAGGGCCGGCUCGGCCCCUGUCCCCCCGGCCCUGCCCACCUGGGCCGGUUCUCCCCCACGGACAUGGACACCCAGCCUCCCUUCCCUGCGGAGUGCGAGGGCUCCGGCUGCCUCCCCCCGCACAGCAACGGCUGCCGGGAGUUCCUCCAGCAGGACAAGGCAGGAACAGCGGAUAAAAUGAGAAGCCAAGUCCUCUACAACAUCCAGCAGACCAAGUGCAAACAGCCCAACUGCAGCUUUUAUGGACACCCGGAGACUGGGAAUUUCUGUUCCUGCUGUUACAAGGAGGAGCUGCGGCGCAGGGAGCGGGAGGCGCUGGUGCACAGGUUCUGAUGCUCCCCCUGUGCGGGUCCGGACCCCUGCAAUGUGGGGGGUGCGAUAACAGAGAUCCAGUUUGGUUUUACACCCACCCACGCUCCUCUCCCACUCUGCAGGAGGUGGGAGCAGGCGUUUGGCCGGAUGGGUGUGGGGCAGGAGGGAGAGAGGGGGGAAACCAGCCCCUGCUUUCCCAGAGCCCCUGCGAGGGAGGAGGAGGAGGAGGAGGAGGAUUCCCAGGGGUUCCUGGGGACAGUGGGGGCUGCUCGGGUCGGAGCACAGGGUGAGAGGGGAGAAUUCCUCAAAAACUCAAUAAAGCAGACCAAAGCUUUGGGAGUGGGCAGGGGGAGCAGCUCCCACCGGGUCCUUCCCGCUUCCUGACCACCUGGGACGGAGCAAAAAUGCCCCAUUUUGAGCGUCACAAACCUUUUAAUGGAAUUUUUUAACACUGGUUUUAUUCUGUAUUUCUUCUUGCUGGUACUGAGCGACACCAUGUUGGAGUUGGACAUCGGUGAGGUGAGGUGGGAUGACUCUGAGCACCAGGAUGGGCUCAGGGCUCUGUGUGUCCCCCCCCCCACUACGGAUGAGCUCAAGUCUGGUUUUAAAAUGUUGUUUUUAAACUCUUUCUGAGGCGGGGGGAGCCAGGGGAUUGGAGGUUUCUCUUCCUGUGCAGAACCCCCAGCCCACAGGAGAGCUGAGGUGAGAUCCUGGGUCAGCAUCUCCUGCCAGGAAUUCCCAGUGGCGUGGGGCAAAUCCUGCAGGAAUACCCACUGGGAAGGGGUCCCAGAGCACCCCCAGUCCCGGGGUGGAGCCGGGGGGUCACAGCCCCAUGUAACUCCUACUUGAGCACAGCUACUCUGUACUACCUCUGAUCCUGAUUAACUCGGCUCCGUUGUGCUGAGCCACCAACUCACCUUUAGGCUGCGGAAUUAAUCCAUAUUUUUGAUAACAGGGCUAAAAAGCAGAACAAUAAGGUAAAAUCCUCCUGUGACUAACGUCCCGCGCCAUUCCUGACCCCAUCCCAGCUCCCUGGCUCCCAGGGUGGGAUUCACUUUAGCACUGCGAUGUUUGCACAGAAUUCCUUGGGUUUUUUGGUAACUGCAGCUUCCAAACUGGGCCUGAUCCUGCACAGAGUGAGGUGCAGCAUUUCCUAUCAUGUGGAAAUAAAACAGGAGUUAUAUUCUUCAGCCAGA